UAGAGUGACGCUCUGGAUUUGGACCCAGGCUGUCUCAACGACUGUUUUGCUGAAUAAUUGAUCCCUCAGUUUGUGACUGGUUGAAAAUGAGGAAGGCAGCGCUGAUGGUUUGGAUCAGCCUUUUGGUGCAAGUGUCCCACGGUGCUCGGGGUCACUAUGCCCGCAAACUUCUGGCUGACCUGAUGGAGGACUACUCCAAUGCUCUGAGGCCAGUGGACGACACAGACGCAGCCCUCAACGUCUCCCUGCAGAUCACCCUGUCACAGAUCAAAGAUAUGGAUGAGAGGAACCAGGUGCUAACCACGUACCUGUGGAUCAGGCUGGCCUGGCAUGACGCCUACCUGAAGUGGGACAAGGAGGACUAUGACGACCUUGAGAUGAUCAACAUCCCCAGUGACCUGGUCUGGAAGCCUGACAUCGUCCUCUACAACAAAGCGGAUGAGGAGCCUUCAGAUGCAUCCAGCACUAAUGUGAAGCUGCGUUAUAACGGAGAGAUCACCUGGGACUCUCCAGCGAUCACAAAGAGCUCAUGUGUGGUGGACGUGUCCUACUUCCCCUUCGACUGGCAGCAGUGCAAACUCACCUUCGGCUCCUGGACCUAUAAUGGCAACCAGGUGGACGUCAGUUUGGGAAUGGACAGCGGUGACCUGUCUGACUUUGUGGAGAACGUGGAGUGGGAGUGUCACGGCAUGCCGGCAGUUAAAAACGUCAUGAUGUACGGCUGCUGCUCCGACCCUUACACCGAAAUCACCUACACCCUGCUCCUGAAGCGUCGCUCCUCUUUCUACAUCUUCAACCUGCUCCUGCCGUGCUUCCUCAUCUCGUUCCUGGCCCCGCUGGGCUUCUACCUGCCGGCCGACUCGGGGGAGAAGGUUUCCCUCGGGGUCACGGUGCUGCUGGCGCUCACUGUGUUCCAGUUGUUGGUGGCUGAGAGCAUGCCUCCUGCAGAGAGCAUGCCCUACAUAGGGAAGUACUACAUAGCCACCAUGACUAUGAUCACAGCCUCCACCUCUCUCACCAUCUUUAUCAUGAAUAUUCAUUUCUGUGGUGCUGAGGCCAAGCCGGUCCCUCACUGGGCCAAGGUGCUCAUCAUAGACUACAUGUCCAAAAUCUUCUUCGUCUACGAGGUGGGGGAGAACUGCACUACGCCGGAGAGUGAGAGGACCCCGCUGUACCCCGAGGAACCCAUGAACGAUAGUGGCGGCUACCACGAUGACCAUUUCCACGACUACCAUCCUGACGGCGACCCGUACAAGUACGGCAAUGGCGUGCAUAAUCACAACAAGCCUCACAAAAGCCACGCGAACGGCAACGCCAACAAUAGCCGCCACAAUUACAACCACAACAACCACGCGUCCAGACUUGAGAGGGGCGAUGGGAAGCAAGAGCCCACACAGCGCUACCACCACAUCAGGAGGGAUGAACUGGACUACCAGGCCCCUAAUCAUCCACAAAACCUCCAGCACCUCAACGGAGGGCUGAAGGAGCAGCUCCUCUAUCCCACGGAGAAAUUUCAAGUCCCAGCCUGCCCCUGCUGCUGCCCCAGCCUCCAACAUAAAGAGGUGGUAAAGAACAUCCAGUACAUCGCCAACUGCUUCCGUGAGCAGAGAGCGACGUGUCUCAAGGCAGCAGAGUGGAAGAAGGUUGCCAAGGUGAUGGAUAGGUUUUUCAUGUGGAUCUUCUUCAUCAUGGUGUUCCUCAUGAGCGUCCUCAUCAUCGCCAAGGCAUCCUGACAGCAACAUCAUCUUUUUACCAUCAUGAUAACAUUAAUCCUCCAUCACUGCUGGACCUCAGCGUUACUCAGUCACCUCAUUUUUACUUUAAUGCAACACCAGAUGAAUCACAACUGUUUUAUAUGUGUAUCAGUAUUGUGUUGUGUGUGUUUGUGUGUGUGUGUGUGUGUGUAUGUGUGUGUGCGGUUGUGGUUCAUUGUUGUUGUUUACUUUGACAUUCAGAGCAAAAGGUCGCUGCACACAAAUCAUUCGUUUAACCACACAAGCACGUAUCUUCCAUCAAAGCCUCUCGGUUAGUUAACGCCAGGUGUGCUUGCAUGUGUGACGGAGCAGUGGAGCGGUAAGACAAUCUAGGCCUCGCCUUGUACAUGCAUGGACUCUCCAUUAUGGAUGAGCUAACAGCCAGACAUCCAGCUAUAGGCAUUACAUUACUUACAUUACGUUUUAGGCGACCAGAUGAUGCUGUUUUCCAGAGUCAGUUACAAUGAGAGCACCUUAUGAAACAACCUUAUAUAUGAUCAAAAAGAGGGCGAAUCCCAUGUCCUUCCUUGUACUGAUCAUCACGGAAAAGCGUGCAAGUUAAAGAAAAUAGUCUUUAGUGUUUUUCUAGUCUAGAUGUUAAGAAAAUGGUUUACAAAAGUUGUGAAUACUUGAAUGUGAGACUUGGAGAGAAAGAGUGAAUGUUUACCUUUCUUACUCACUUUUGAAUGUAAUAUUAAGACCUUAAAGCCUACCUCCAAAGAAUGAACGGUGGAUGUACUGUACUUUUUGACUAACUUACGCUUUGCUUAUUAGUCAGGUAAAAAAAUAAAAGUUUGAUAUUA